AUGGCCAGCACGUUCCAUGGAGCCAUCGACGCUCAUGUCGCCAUUCCCGCUCCACAUUGCGGGCCUGGUGGGACGAUGAACUUCAACUUUGGGCCUGGCCGGGCAGAUGGGCAAAAGCGCAGAGUAGAACCGUUCUCAACGGUGCCAUUUGCGCCGGACCCUGACCUUGUCGACCGGCCUGGGAUCGCCGCUUGGGUGCGCGACAAGUGCGCGGGACGGGGCGCGCGGGCAGCGCUGGUGGGUCUCGGCGGCGUAGGCAAGUCGCAGCUCGCCCUCCAGUAUGCCCACAGCAUCCGCGAUGCUGUGCCGCAGACGUUUGUGUUCUGGGUGCACGCCAGCACCCGGGCCCGAUUCGAGGAAGCCUACAAAGACAUCGCGAACCGGCUGGAGCUUCCAGGGAGGGACGAUCCGAAGGCGAACGUGUUGCGGCUGGUGCACGACUGGCUGCGCGACGAGACGAAUGGACAAUGGGUGAUGGUCGUCGACAACGUGGACGAUGUAGAGACCUUCUUCCCAUCGCGGAAGCGCCAGCGCCAUGGAAACGAGACAGACGCCAGCGCCCAGAUACCGCUGGCCACCUACCUUCCGCAGAGCCGCAACGGGGCGAUACUAGUCACGUCACGGAGUCAAGACGCAGCGACCAGGCUAGUGGGAGGCUACAACCGGACCAAGGGAGUGCUUGCGAUGGACGAGGAAGAAGGCAUGCACCUCCUUCGCAACAAGUUGCAAGACCCGCCAGUCGAAGAGAGCGCUCUAGAUCUGCUGCGCGCGCCGGACUGCAUACCUCUCGCCGUCGUCCAGGCGGCCGCGUACAUCAACCGACGCGGGCGCAUGACAAUCGCUGGCUAUCUAGCCGACUUUCGGAAUGACAGCAAAAAGCGCGAGAGGCUGCUCAAAUGGGACGCGGGCGAGCUGCGCCGCGACGAGAGCGCGUCCAACUCGGUGGUGACAACGUGGCAGAUGUCGUUUGAGCAGAUCCAGCGGGAGCGGCGGUCGGCAGCCGAGCUGCUGUCGCUGAUGAGCUUCUUUAACCCGCAGGGAAUACCUGAGUUGGUGCUGCGAAGACACAGUAGAGCAGCUGCAAGAGAGGCGGAGUUGGAGGAUGACGAAGACGCAGACAGUGCGUUUGACGAGGACCUAGACACCCUGCAGGCGUAUUCCUUGGUUACGAUGACAGCAGAUACUGACGCAUUCGAGAUGCACGCUCUGGUGCAGUUCUGCACGCGAGUAUGGCUAUCGUCGUGCAGCGAUGCACAGCAGCGGGAGCAGCGGUUUGUGGUGUUGAUGGCGCAAGAGCUGCCUGACGGGGAGCAUGAGAACUGGACAAAGUGCCAGCAGCUGCUUCCACACGUCGAACCGCUCUUUAGCACUCAGCCGGCCGGCGAAAAAGCAUUGAAGGCAUGGGCGCAGGUGCUUUACAAUGUAGCAUGGUAUCUUAGUAAGAUAGGAAACUAUAGUGUAGCGCAUCAGUUAGCAGCAAAGGCAGUUGCCGCCAACGAGAAAGCAUGGGGGCGGGAAGAUCUGAAGACAAUGGCUAGCAUAGAUGUACUGGCGGCAGUGCUGGGGUUUCAGGGCAAGUACGAGGAGGCAGAAACGCUUCACCGGGGGAUGCUAGAAGUAGAAGAGACGCAUCUAGGUGACGACCACCCCGACACGUUGACAAGCAUGAACAACCUAGCAAUAGAUCUCCAUUGCCAGGGCAGGUACGAAGAGGCAGAAACGCUUCACCGACGGGUGCUAGAAUGGUCAGAGAAGAAGCUGGGCCAGGAUCACCCCGACACGCUGAUGAGCAUGAACAACCUAUCAGUAGUUCUCCAGGGUCAGGGCAGGUAUAAGGAGGCAGAGACGCUUCACCGGCGGGCGCUAGAAGGAAGGGAGAAGAAGCUAGGCGAGGGCCACCCUGACACGCUGACGAGUAUGAGCAACCUAGCGGCUGUGCUGCGCCUGCAAGGUAAGUACAGCGAGGCAGAGACGCUCAAUCGGCGAGCCCUAGAAGGGUCAGAGAAGAAGCUAGGCCAGAACCACCCGGACACGCUUAACUCUGUCAACAAUCUCGCUGUCCUCUUGGGGACGCUGCACCGGUACCCAGAAGCGGAUGAGCUCUACCAACGAGCGUGCGAUGGGCUCACCCAACAGCUUGGUUCUCGGCAUCCACAUACUAUCAUGGCUCGCAAGAACUUUGCAGCUAUGCAGCAAAAGGCAAUAGAAGCUAGAUUAGCGCAAGGUGAUGAUCUACCUCCAGGCAGCUCCAAGCGUCCUUAUACCACUAGGACUCGUAAAACAGACGUUGACUAG